GCUGGGCUUUUUGCAUGUAAGCUAGGUGGCUAACUUUCUGCAAAUGUUUUCAACGAAUUGUUGAGCGUUAUUUAGUUAUAUGAUUUCCUGUGUAAAGCAAACAGGAUGUAUGUAAAGUCUUGAUAUUGUUUUCGUACAAAAUAUUAACGCCGACUUUUAUUUUUUUUAUUUGUGGCGACAAAAACCCUGAAUUUGUUAGCCAUUCAAAGCUAACUUGUCAUUUUUUAUCACGAUGGCCAGCGCAGCAAAUGCGAAUCUAAACGCAGUACGGGAAACAAUGGAUGUUCUGCUGGAGAUCUCAAUGUUGCUGAACACAGGUUUGGACAUGGAGUCUCUGUCCAUCUGUGUCAGGCUGUGUGAGCAAGGCAUCAAUCCUGAAGCCCUUUCCGCAGUCAUCAAAGAGCUGCGUAAAGCCUCUGAGACUCUCAAGGUUUCGGAGAACUGUACAAACUGAAGAUGAAAAAUCAGAUCACCUAAGUUUGGGACUUUAUCUGGAAUUAUGCCCGGAUUUAUUUUGGCACUCUUGUUUUCUGCAUCCUGACAGAGACUCAUUCUGUUCUUUGACCUUCUAUUUAUGAGUUGUUGAAGACAUACCACAUUUGUUUUUUUUUUCCUCAAAAUUAUCUUUUUUUAUUUCUUUGCUAAAAUAGGAAUAUGCUCAACACAUUUCAAGUAAGAWUUAUUCAUACUCUUGUGAUCUGUGUGAUGGAUAAAUUCCAAGUUAGCUAUGACGUUCUGUAAUAAUAAAAGGACAAAUUUCUAAUUUCUGUCUAUCAA